UUACCCUAACUCAUCACUCAAAGCUAGUCUCAGACAAGUGACUACAAGACCGGACUAGCAACUCAACUAUCAGCCUUUAAACCUGAACCAGGGCUUCCAUAACCAUGAAUACAAUCUUCGUCUUUUUGAUCUUGAGCAGUUUGGUAAUUGCAGGUCAGAUGACCACAUGCAAUCUGUGCUGGACUCUUGGCUCAACCCAAUGCUGUGGCGAAAACCAGCUUCAAUGUGAUGGAUCAGGUUGCAUGACCUCGUCGGAGUACUGCAAAAUCAGCAGUGUGGAGUAUAAAACAAUAAUGAAAGGCUGUUCAUUUCCACCAUUAUGUGAUAAAUGCUUUUCUGUAACAACCAAAGAUGACUUUCUAAUCCGAGUGAGCAACGCAUGUGGGGAAGGAGAUGGCAGCAAUGCACAAGUGAACUAUAACACCAACAUUUGUGACAGUCAGUUACAACCAAACAAUUAUCAGUGUCCAAGCUGCUUCACAAAUAGCACCACCGAAGGCUGUGAGAGCACAGGAUUUGUGGACUGCCUUGGAUUAGAAGGGCAAUGUCUGGAUUAUGGUGGAAGUGUUAUUCUGUCUGAUGGAAUACCAAGGAACGUGUCAAUUAAAGGAUGCGUUACCAGCGGUGGUUGUGACAUUGGGUUUUCAGGAAUACCCGGAGGCAAGCAAAUUAAUCUUGUCCGGAUUAUUUGUACACCUGCAAUACCAAAAGCAUAGAAUGUGGUAUAUCACUACACAAGAAAUGCACAUCAGACCCUGUAUCAUUAAGGAAUAAGAAAUCAAAAUAAGAAUGAAAUGUAGAAAAAAUAUGCUUUGCAUAAGAACGCUGUCAAUUAAAUCCAUCACUGAAAAGGAAAUAGUCUAUGUGCUUAAUAAAUCUUAACAGAA